GUUAUUAAUUUAUUAUGAAUUGUCUGUUGAUUUCCUCGUGUUUCAGUGCUCGAUGUCCUGACAGAUGAUGGAGAAGAUUUUCAUUCUAAUUUUCCUGUUUGAGAUUCCGGCUUCACUUUCUGAUUCUUUUAUAGUUAAUGGUCCACGUCAGCCUGUCCUCACAGCUCUGGGGAACGAUGUCACUCUGGGAUGUUGGUUAACCCCAGGAGUGGCUGCAGAUAUGAUGGAUGUUAAAUGGAGUAAAUCUGAUUCUGGGGAUGUGGUGCAUUUAUACACACGUGGAGUGGAUCUACCUGAUCAGCAACGUGAAGCCUACAGAGGAAGAACCGAGCUCAUUAGAGACGGGAUGACUCGAGGAAACGUGUCUCUCAGACUGAAGAACGUGAGGUGCUCAGACCAAGGAGAAUACACAUGUUCUGUGAGAUCCACAGUAGAUUUUGAUGAAACAACAGUGCUUGUGAAAGUUGAAGACCGCAGACGGCUGCCCUUGAUUUCCAUGGCAGGUUACCAGGACUCGAGAAUUAAACUCACGUGUAAAUCAAAAGGCUGGUAUCCCGAACCUCGUGUAGUUUGGUUUGAUAGGAGUGGAGCAGAGGUGAAAGCCAAGACUGAAACAUGCACUCAGAGGUCUGAAGACUGUUGGAAAUGUGAAAGUAGUAUUGAUAUAACCAGCGAUUCUACAGACAGAUUCACGUGUCUGACAAGAAACUUUCUGGAGGAAAACGAGGCAAAGAUCCAGGUAUCAGAGGUGUUUUUCCACCGAGGCCCAGACUGGCUGGUGGUUUUCCUUGUGGCGUUCACUCUUGUGCUUGGAGCAGUUGGUGUGUUGAUGUUCUUCUGCAGAAAACGAUUGAAAAAAGUUAAAGUUUAUGAAAAUCUAAAAAAGGGAUUUAAAAAUCUGGAUAAUGAACUGAAAUCUGCCAAACAAGACCAAAAAUACAUGAAAAAAACACUGGAACUGNAAAAACAAUUCACCAAAUCAGAGUGGGAGAUCGUUGGCAGUUGUAAAUGCUGCAAGGAUCUUCUCGUGGGGUUUGUCAAGUCCAGAAUCCACAGUUAUGCAGGUUACAAGGAGGUUCUCACAGAAUUAGAAAAGACCCAAUUUGGGUUGUACAGAAGUUAUGCAGUUACAGUCACUCUGGAUCCUGACACAGCCCAUCCCCGGCUCAUCCUGUCUGAGGACCUGACCAGUGUGAGACGCGGAGACGAACUGCAGUCGCUCCCUGACUCCCCGAAGAGGUUUAGUAACUAUCCCAUUGUCCUGGGAUCUGAGGGCUUCACAUCGGGGAGACAUUACUGGGAGGUGCAGGUGGGCAACAAGUCAUGGUGGGCUGUGGGAUUGGCCACAGAGUCUGUCAACAGGAAACAAGCAAUCACAUUGUCACCAGAGGAUGGGGUCUGGGGGGUGAGGCUGGUGGGUGGGGACUGUUAUGAGGCUCUGACAUCACCCCGCACCCGCCUGUCCCUGACAGUGAGACCCGGGAAGGUCGGGGUUUACAUGGACUAUGAGGAGGGACAGGUGUCAUUUUACAACGCUGACAACAUGUCUCAUCUCCACACUUUCACCCAAACUUUCACUGAGAAACUUUAUCCUCUGUUCAAUCCCUGGUUUGGUUCUGACCCUCUGACAAUCUGUCGGUGACGGUUAAUGAGGAGGAAAAUUUGACUAUUAUUUCCAUGAGGUUUGGAUAGUGCCGAGUGUUUGAUUCUGUACUUCUCUCUCAGGUUUGAGCUGAGUUUGUGACGGGAAGUGAAGGACGGGGCUGAGUGGGGUAUCCCUGAGAGACGUCAGCUCCACAUUGUAUCCCGAACCGGGAAAGCCGUCUGUGGUCAGCGACACUGAGCUGCUGACACUGACACUGUGCCACAACACCGCACCUGCACAUUCCAGUGUCAAUACAGUAAACCCCGACUUACAGGACUCCGGGUGUCCGGGAUACACAACUGGACCAACCGGGAUCCACAACAAAUAUAGUUGUAAAAUUUCCGUGAGCCCUCCCUGUGCAGCGUCCCACAGGGUCAGCUCUCCUGUCACACUGAGCAGCCGCACCGUCCUCACUGGCCUUCACGCUCUGAGACAGGGAUAUAUAUCGCUGAUAUCUUUCUCUCCAGCAAUGCCCAGUCUCACAGUCGGGGCUGUGCUCAGAAUCUCACUGAAAUCUCCCAAAUCACUUUUAUAUCUAUAAACAGGUGCCGUGUUGUUCCCCAGUGAGCGGCCGAGUAUCACUGUGUAUAAACACUGUGUAUUUUCAGUGACAGCUUUUAUAAUCCGUAACAUUUCUCACUCACUGUAACAAUCUUUAACCCUCACUAAA